GCAGAAAGAGUCCCAGAUUGUCUUUCAGCAUGCCUUCUCCUACCCUAUCGCGAGGUCAGCUGGUGGAGAUCACCGGAGUGACCGUGGCACCUGACAGAUGGCGCAAAGAUGGAGCCGUGACUGACGGGCCUCAGGAUGUCAAUGGACUGCAGGGCCAGCUGAUCGAGUUUGACGAAGAGAAAAGCGAAUGGACCAUUGCAACUUUCAGUGCUGAUAUCGUCGCUGCUCAGGAGUCCUGCAUCAGGCCGUUAACCGCUGACGACUUGCAAGACUAUGACAUCACACUUGGACCAGCGUCUGACACUGGCGUGAUGGGAGCAGAGCUUACUGAGAGACUGUCCGACCAAGGGUAUGCUGUGUGCAGGCUUUUUGUCGCUCCAGAUGAUUUGGAGGAGAUGGUACGGACAGCGGACAGGUGCACCCGAGAAGGUGCAUUUGCAAGACUUGCUGCCGAAUUAGAAAGUGGAUAUUUGGGUCAGGACGGCAAAGGAAAGACACUGUCGGUGGAUUUGGACAGCAGCGACAUAGCAGACUUCCUUCGAGAGUCACCAUUGAAGAUUUUUGAAGAUGCAAUUGAGACAGUGGGCACCCUGGUUCGGCCUUUCGUCGAACCCGAAUUGGGGUUCGACAUCUACAGCAGAACAAGUACCAUGAUGUCGCUUCCUUUCGAUGAUGGUGAUGAGGACAUGUUUUCUCCCCCAGACAUUGACAACGAAGAAGCCGCGAACUUCCUUUCCAUGAUGUGGCGUUCCAAGCUGAUGAUCCUGGUCAAUGCUGGGCCUGGGGUUACCACUUUGACCCUGACUCCAAAAGCGAUUACCGAUCAGGAUCCUGUGAAGCCUCAGCUGACCAUUCUCCCGGGCAUGCUGUGCGUUUUUUGCAUGGACAGGUACAAAUUCGCUCACCAAUCCGAGGGCAAGGCUCUCUCAUUGUCGGCAUUUUUUCUGGACGCACCUCGCGAAUAUGUCAUAGACAACAUCACAGGUGACCUGACUUUUCUGACGGGGACCGUCUCUGGACCCGCUCAGCCAAAGACAGACUCCGUCCCAGUUGUUUCCAUGGGAGAGCGAUAUGCCUUCGGUGUGGACGAGCCAUGGAAAGCCUGGGUUGCAUAUGCAAAAGCUGGAUGGGAUACGAUCACGAGGCAUCCUCAGCAACGAUGGGACUGCGACAUGUACUAUGAGCCUGAUGCAGACCAAACAUCUGGCUUGUCCUACACUUGUCACGGCGGUUUUUCAGAUGGUAUUGAGCUCUUCGACUGCAAGUUUUUUGACAUUUCUCCAGCUGAAGCACGAGGUAUGGAUCCAACACAGCGGCAAGUGCUGGAGGUUUCCUACAUUUCGUUGCAGGGCGCUGGCUGGACAAAGAAGAUGUUGCAGGCCAAGCCAGCCAACAUCGGCGUUUUUGUCGGCUUGGACAAGAACGAGUGGAAUAGCUUGCCCAAGGACAUACAAGGGGGCUUUGCAGCUUCAAGCGGAGCCAACGCAAUCACAUCCAAUCGAUUCAACUAUUGCAUGAAUUUGAAGGGUGCCAGCAUGACGCUUGACACAGCGUGUUCGUCAUCCUUGGUAGCAACCCACACCGCCAAGUUGUAUUUGCUGCAUAAGCACUUCGAUCCGUGCGAGGCCGUCAUUAUUUGCGGAGUCAACCUCAGCCUCAGCCCGAUGACCUACAUCAGUUGCUGUGGCGCAGGCAUGCACUCGCAUCUUGGCCGAUGUUUCACUUACAACUUCUCUGCUGAUGGCUACACUCGGGGGGAGGCCACCGCGUCGUGUGGGCUCAAGCUAAAGGCCUUUGAAAGGGAGCAGGGGGACUAUGGCGUCUGUGCAGGAAGCCAGGUCAACCAGGAUGGACGAAGUGCAUCGUUGACUGCUCCGAACGGACCAGCACAGGAGAGAUGCUUGCAGGCAGUCAUCAAAGAGGUCGGCAUGAAGCCACCGGAGAUGGAUACCACUGAAUGCCAUGGCACCGGUACAUCUCUUGGUGAUCCGAUCGAAAUCGGUGCGUACAAGAAGGUGAUGUCGAUGGUGCCCAGGCCUGAGCCUGUGGUGAUCACCUCGUCCAAGUCCAACAUUGGACAUUGUGAAGGAAGCGCAGGUGUCUCCGGAUUCUUGAAAUGUGUCUUGAUGUGCUUGUAUGGUGAAGGAACACCCAAUUGCCAUCUGAACUGUUUGAAUCCGCACCUGGACAUGACGGGCUUCCCUGGCAUCAUGACUACUGAGAACGUCACCUUUAGAGCCGAGGCCAGCUUCAAUAGUGUCCUUUCGUUUGGCUUCGGUGGCACCAAUGCAUGUGCGACUGUCUGGGGGGUGAACCAGAUGACUUCAAGAGGUGUUGGAACCAACAAGGAUCUCUACAGCCUCUUCAUUCGAAAAAUGCAGGAUGCACCUCCACAGGAGGUCACAAUAGUGGGAGAUGACUGGGAGGACUGGGAGAUGGGUGGUCCUGACAAAGACGCUCGAUUCAAUGAUGUCUUUGAGGUUGAACUGGAUCCAGAUGGAGUUGUGAGCUACUGGAAGAAGGACAAAGAGGUUCCAGACCUUGGCAGUUCGUACUUCUUGACUGGCACCUUCAAUGACUGGAGAUAUGACGAAAUGGAGGCUGAUCCUAACGUGCCGGGGUUGUACUUCUCCACGCUUCGCAUUGCUACCAAUGUCGAAGAAGAGUUCCAGGUUGUAGCAGGCCAAGAUCCCAAGAUGACAUUUCAUCCUUCGAGCAGGACUCCGUUGAAGUCUGCAGCUGUCCGUGGUCCGGAAGAGACCAAGAGGGAGAACUGUUGGUGUGUGAGGGGCGGCAAGGGAGAGAGGUAUCGUGUGGAGUUUUAUCGAUCUGAGACUGGUGCUGCUACGGUGUCCUGGAUGAAAGAGAGCUGAUUUGUCAAAAGAACUUCUGUUUCCGUAAAGCCCAGUGACAACUUCAGACGUUUGUCAUCUUCCACCCGGGCUGCGGCAAAUACUCACAGCAAGUCUAGAUAGUCAAAGCUGUGAACUUCAGCAGCGUCGGGUGAAUAGUGCUGUGUGAGAUUGGCAUGGCAAAGCAGAAAAAA